AUUAUUAAUGAGAAAGAUAAAUGGCUAGCAGUAGUUUCUAAUGAAUUAGCAAAAAAUAAGUUCCGUCACCGUUCCCCAAAAUUUCCAUUACUCGAGAAAGCUAUGAGCUUAUGGAUCAAAAGUACAAUUAUAGCUAAAAUUCUAAUUAGUGAAAUGUUAAUCAAAGAGAAAGCAAAAUUUUUUAUGGAAGCUUUUAAUAUAGAAGA